AUGGGCCUGUUCCCACGUGUGCUCUCCUCCUUGGCCAGGCAGCUGGAUGUGAUCCUUCACCUGCUCCUGGCCAGGUCCGUCCUGGAUACAGCUGGUGCCCUCCCAACCACCCUUGCCGAUUUCAAUUGUGACCUCAAAUUUGAGGGCUCCACACCUACGGCAACUGGCUGGACGGCACAGGCCGUGCUUGCGGAGAUGGGCGACACCUUUGUGUCAUGGCCCACUUCGCCAUUCACUACCGCGGCCAUGCAAGUCGCGCAACUAGCUCCUGAACAGGCGUUUGACAACCUGGUUCUGCUUUGCAUCCUCUUCGCGACCCAGUACCUUAACUCCACGGCUUGUACACUCCGCGCCUCGGCCCGUGAUAAAAUGGCCGCCUUUCUGAAGAUUCCACCCGUGCCGGGCGCGUGCUUCACGGGCUCUUGCACCGGCUGGGCAAAAUGGAUGCAAAGCGGACCUUACUUCACUCCAUUCCAUUGGUUAUACCGGCGGUGCUUCCCCACGUCCCCGGUACAACUGGACAAGUCUUUCUGCGCCACUGGUCCGGCAGCGAGGACAGGCCUUAACUGGCUUUUGGGAUUCCCUCCCAAGAUGGCCAAGGACUCCGCCAAUGCAGACUUUGCCUUGCUCUACAUCGACCAGCUUGGUAAGCUACAAGCCUCUCUGGGACGCAACCACCUUCUGCGCCCACAGGCGGGUGACUCUGCAGUCAUGGCCGCAGCUAAGGCGCAGUUGAAGCAGCACUUGGACACUCUUGAAGGUCGUGCAUUUGCAUGCUGCGAGUACAGCAAGUUCAUUAAUUUUCUCCUCGGAGGGGCCUUGAUU